AUGGCGACCCCAGCAGCGACAUCAGGCCCCUCGCAAGCGAACGGCGAGGGCUUCUUUCGCUCGCUCUACAUUCACACGCACGAUGUCUCUCGCUCCCUCAAACCAUCAGCCGACGGCGAGCUCGCCCACGCAAUCCACCAAACGCUCCACUUUGCUCUCGAUGGGCAUCCCGACGACUACACGCCUUCUUCGUCCAACGAUGGUGCAGGCUCAGGAUGCGAUCCGCUAGCCACCAUGCCUACUGCCACUGCUUCCAACGGCGUCGAGACGAGUGCAUCCGCCGGGCCCUCAGGGACCAACGUCAAAAAGGGCUUCUUUCCCACAGACGAUCCGGAGCGUCCUUACAUCUCGUAUCACUGGAACCCUCGCUCGGCAACUCUAGCGCUCCCGAACCCGGCGACGAUCACCAAUCCCAUAGCCGACCCGUGCUCACCAGAUCACCGAAGCUCGUACGACAUUACGGCCAAGUUUUUCUUUCUCGACCCUACCGAUCUGUCCCCCGGGUUAGUGGAUGAUGCGUUGACUCGACUGACUUCCACUACCGGCAUCAUUACGGUAGACACGCUCGUGCUGGCGUUCCCGACACUUGAGCUUGACUCGCGAUCGUCUUCUUCCGAAACAUGGGGCUCGUCCGUGACAGAAGCGUGGUCGCACGUCUCGCAGAACCCGCAACUCUUCUCCCUCGGCCUAUCCGACAUCUCACCGUCCAAUCUGCGACAGCUUCUAUCGUCGCUUUCGGUGCAGCCGCCGUCGACUCCGCUCUUCUCGCCGGCAAUCCCCUUGUCAACUUCGACGACAGAACCGUCGGCGAGCACAGCGCAGCCCGAUGCGGCCGACGCAGACGUCCCCUCCUCCACCACCCACCACCUCGCCAGCUCGGGAGCAGGGUCGUUCUGGAACUUGGAAUACUCCACCCUCAGCGCCGCACGUAGGCCGAGGCUGGUGUCGAUCAAUGUGAAGCAGGAUCCCUGCGCAUUUGAUCGCGACUUCGACUCGUACUGCACCCAGAUGGGUAUUCAGCUCGUCGCACACUCGGAUAGGAAGGAUGUCCUCCCGCAGAGGACACUACCGAAUUUGAUGGAUGAGUUCAAGGACAGACUGCCGGUGAAGAUGGCAGGGAGACUCAGGGCAAAGUGGGCCUUGAAGUAUACGACACUGAUUCGGGACAGGGGUGUGCUCGCCGACAAAGGGUACAUUGUCUUUGUCGAGACCGAGAAUUGA